AUGGGUGGCCUGCACUGGCGGAAGAAGGGCGGCGGAAAGGACGCGGGCGGGUCAAGCGCGCGCAAGCAGGUGGUGCUGACAGCGGCGCAACUGACGGAGCUGGAGAGCUACAUUCAGGACAUGGAAGCGAAGUGCGCGCAGUUCCAGGUGGGUGCGCGAGAAUUCGUGGGUGUUCUCGCACUGAAUCCCUCACUUGAGUUGUCCAUGGUUCUGGCGGCGGCGCAAGUGACGGAGCUACAUGCAGGCACAGUUUCAGGCGCCUCAAGCGCCCAUCAUCCGCCUCCACACAACCCCCCUCCCCUUCUCCCCGCCUCCCCUUCCCCCCAGGCGGUGGUGGCGCAGAAGGCAGCAGCGGAGGCGGCAAUGAGGGGGCAGCUGGAGGGGCUGGCAAGUUGUGAAGACUCAUCUCCUCUGUCUCUCCCAUUCCUUCUUCCCCGUAUCUCCCUCUCCCCUUCUCAGGCGGUGGUGGCGCAGAAGGCAGCAGCGGAGGCGGCAACGAGGGGGCAGCUUGAGGGGCUGGCGGGUGCAGCGGAGGCGGCAAUGAGGGGGCAACUGGAGGGGCUGGCGGCGGGGGUGGAGGUGGAACGAGCCGCUCGGGAAUCGGCUCUCGAUGCUCUGAUGACGGACUUCGAGAGCAGAGUGUCUGCUCGCCUCCCACCACUCUCGUCUGCCCGCUCGCCCCUCGCCACCAUCACCUCCUCUGCUACAGCCGCCCCCACCGAACCAGACUCCAUAUCUACCCCUUCAACACUCGCUCCUCCUCACCACACUCCCAUACUCCCUCCCUCCUCUCUCCCCUCCUCCUCCAUCUCCUCUCACCGCUCAUCCCUCCCCUCCUCGCUCUCCUCCUCCCUCACCACCUUUGUCAGCAGCAGCAGUGAGAUAGAGGCCUUGGCCCAACGGGCCAGAGCUGCUGCUCUUGCUGCUGCUACCGCUGCUGCUGGCAGGGGUGCUACUGGCACAUUCGCGGGUGCUGGCGGUGCUGCUGGUGCUGGUGUUCCUGGGGGUGCAGAUUUCGCUGCUCUGCCAGGUGUCACUGCUGGUGGUGGCGGUGAUUUCCCGGGAAUGGCAGAGUCAGGAGGCAUGAUGGCUUACCCAGGAGGCCCGCACACUUCCCUCAUCCCCACCAGCAGCACGGGUGCGAGCAGUGCAGUGACGGAGAGGAGCGACGGUGGGGGUGGGGGGUGGAGCCUGGGUCUGGGGCUGCGGUGGAGUGGAGGCAGGGUGCAGCGGCGGCAGCGAUUCGUGGUGGACACAGCCUGGCUGGAAGGGAUCAGACGGGACUACAUGGAGCUGCAGCGGCAGCUGGCAGAGGAGCAGCAGAAGAACCUGGUGGUGCAGCAGCUGGCAGCAGAAAAGGCAUGGAUGGAGGCAGCGCUGAUGAGGUUCCUGCAGAUGAAGCGGCAGCACGAGGAGGAGGUGGCCCAGCUCAUGGCCAAGGUGGCUCGGCUGGAGCAAGCAGUUGCCAGCUCUAGCCCCUCUGUGCCCGCUGCUAUUGCAGAGAGAACAAGCUGA